AUGUCUCCAACAAAGAACUCCGGAUCUCUUGAUCUUCUUGAUGCACUCAAAACCUUAGAUAAUGAUCUUAGCAAAGCUAUUGACAUUUGUAAUGAUCCUUUGAGUCUUCCUCUGAAUCUUGCGGAUUAUGUAUUUGUGCCUAUUGCUGAAUUACUCAAGAAAUCGAGCAUCGCUGAUUCCGAGUUGGAGCAUACACUUUCCAUCAUCAAUAUGCUUAUAGUUUAUUGCUGGUCGCAACCAGGUCGACUUAGCCACGACUUAUUUACCCAACUAUUUCCAUUAAUAACUUUUCUCAUCGGGGGUCCACCUGAUAAGCUUGAAGUGGCGAAGCAUUCUGACGAAACUUUAGAGAAUGGUGCGUUAUGCUUGAGAAACCUCCUUUCGGGAGCGCAGAGACAGCAAAACGGGGUUUUCGAAUCUUUAUUCAAAGAUGUAAAGAUUGUGCCAAUAUUGGGAUAUUUUGUAACGAUAAUGCUUGAUAGUUCGUUACAUAGUUCUAAGUUGGAGGCGAGACUCGCAUGCUUGCAGGCAUUGGACCUUCUUUUCCAAGGCAUUCAGGAUGGUGAAGUGUUGUCGCUCAUGUUCCCUGGGGUUGUAUCAAGCUUUGUUAAACUUAUGAAAUCAAAGCCGCACUAUAAAGUUGCGAUUGGGAUCUAUGAUGUCUUGGCAAUAUUGACAUCUUACAUAUUUGACGAUUUUGAACUAGACCCUCAAGUGGAGUCUUUAAAAGAGUUGAGUGAUCUCAAAAAUGAAAACUUGUCGCCCAUGAUUGACAAGGGACCCACCCAUUUUAAAGUUACUCUUCCGCAAAAUGCUGAAGGCGGGACCCACCGCACCACUAAGUGGCUUGAUGUGACAUUAUCCCAAUUCAAAAAAGCUCUAGGUAUCAUAUUACAUCCUCAAUCUAAUUGGUUAGAACAUUCAGAGUAUAGGGAUGCUCUAUUUCAUAUUGAUGUCACCAUAUUGAGAAAUUGUCUAGUAUCAUGCAAUAUGAUUAUUCCUACCAUACUCAAAUCAUUAGCGGCAAUAUAUUCAUAUGACAGCUCAAUCGAAGAGUUAAUGGUUGAGUCGAUUUUGCUCUCUAAGAACCUUUCAGUUUUAGUUGCGGAUCUUAGAAGUAUGUUAAGUUUAGAGGCCGAGCUUAUUGGGUCUACUUUGAACUCUCCUGAUUCCGUCAAGGCCCAAACUCUUCUAGCGAAUCUCGGUUUUUUUAUCAAGUGUUUGGUUUCUCUCAAUGCAAUGGAUCAAUAUCUUUGCUAUGAUAUUUUAGAGAAGCUUCAUUCUGAGUUGACUUUGAUUGUUCAAAAACAAAACUCUUCUGAUUCAAGGAAAAAGUGCUUAAUCACAUCCAGCAAGCCGUACGGAACAGAGAUAGCUUUGAUUACAGGCGACUAUGUAUACGGUGGAGAUGAUGACAAUAUCAUUAAUCUUAAUGCUAAGCUAGACUUGUCGAAUAUAUUUGACGGAAUUCUCGAUCAAAAUGUGGAAGAGGCGUUAAGUGAUGUCAUGCGUUCCUUGGCUUAUGUUCCCAACAUUCAGCUGAUUAUAUCUGAGUAUCUUAGCACCAAUGAAGAGAUGUCAAACGUGAACUCUGUAAUAGAUCGUUCCAUAACUCUUUGGAUGAUGUAUUCUUUUAUUGUGUUUGGAAAACAGUAUGAUCGGGAUUAUACUUUUCACGCAGAUGAAUAUUUUGAUUUAGCUGAAAAUGAAUCCAACCCACCGGAUACUUCUUUGACCACCACUGAAAAUAUCUAUAGAUCAUUGGAAAUAGCCAAUGAUCUACUGGAAAUUAAUUCAACCGUAGAGACGACUAAUGUCGGAUUUAUUAGAUCUACUGUUAUAUCAUUGAGAACAAUUAACGAAGCGUGCAAAGUGCUUGGAAACGAUUUUCAGGGGGAACUUAUAGAUCAUCUCUACCAUGUCAUAGAUAAUUUGGCUUGCCCCAAUGAGAUUGUGAGAAAUGAGGCUCAACUUACUAUCAUGAAUAUUGCAAGCACUCUAUACGGGGGAUCCGUAAGAUCGUUGAUAUAUGAGAAUAGUGACUAUUUAUUGGAUUCUCUCUCUCUUAAGUUGACUGGAGAAUCGCUUACUCCAAGAAUUCCAAUGAUAUUGAUAAUUUUGGUGAGAAUCGGAGGUGUUCAACUACUUACACAGCUUGAGGAUGUUAUUACAGCCAUGUUCACUCUAUUGGAUUGCUUCUACGGUUACUCCUCUCUUUGUGAUGGAUUUUUUUGUGUGUUCACAGAGAUUGUAGAGCAAUUAUAUAAGCAUUCUUUCGAAAACUUUGACUUCGAAAAUUUUACUAAAGAGUCAGAGGAAGAUGAUGUUGAUUAUCCUAGCCCAUGGGGUAUGGACAGCAUUAUUGCUGCUGUCAAUUUUCUGAAGCUAAAAUCAGAUAUUCUUCAGGAAACCGAUUCUGAUGAGGAGGACAAACAUGAAAAGAUCAAAAAAGAUAGAUUUUUGGAAUUGGAUAGUGGAUCGGAUUCCGAUGACGAUGAUGAUGGUAACAAGGCUGAGUCUAUUGCAUCGCAGUUCGAAAAUAGCGGUCAGCAUGCAGAUGUCCCGGAUGACACAAAUAAAUGGACCUCUCCCUUGGAAAGGCAGACUUAUUCUCUUCUUCUUGAUAUUUUGUCGUAUGCUGAACGUCUAUCAAAGAACCGGUCAGCAAGCUUAACGUUGACCACCCUAAAAUUGAUUGAUAAGGUUAUUCCAUUGCUAUCCACACAGAGAAGCAAGUUCUUGCCUGCUAUAUCGCCUCUUUGGGACUUUGUAGCUACCUUUCUAUUUGCUUCCAAGGACCCUAGAAUUAUAUCCGUUGCCCUUAAGAUCUUGAAGAAUCUUAUUAAGUAUGGCAAUACUUUCUUAAGUUACAAAUUUAUUGGCUUGUUUAAGAACUUGAGCGAAAAUGUCUCUUAUAUUGAGCUUAUAACCAAGGAGAGUGAAAUUUAUAGAAAGCGCCGAUCUAGCUGCUUGAAGUCUAGUGUUGUCGUUAACAGAAGCAGCACCUCGGUAAAUUGGGAAGAGGAUAUAUUUAAAAGUAUCUGUGAGCUUUAUAUGCUCUGUUUUUUGAAGUUGGGGAGGUUUAUCCCUAAUGAUGUUGCGAUUAAUAUGGCUAAAGUGACCAUUUUAUUUGACGAUCGGGAGCAGGAUUACGGUUACUUUGAUGAUUUAGUUGCUUAUGCAAUCAAGUUUCCGCAGAAUACUAUCUAA